UCUCUAUUUUUCACCAUCAGUCGCCUUGUUGUUCUGCAGACAGACACAGAUGAAGAAGAGAGAGAGAGAGGAAGAGGAGGGCGUUUGAGCUGCGCCGCGGCUUCAGAGGAGGAGAGACGUUUAUUCAGCUGCUGAAUGAAGGAGAGGAUGAACACACACAGAGGAACCUCUCGGUGAAUCAAUGAACGGAACCCGACCUGGACUCAUUCUACUACACGGAACCGGUUUUGGACCUCACUCGAUCCUGAGCUGACCCUAAGUGAGUGAUUAAACGUCGGGCCGGAUGCUUCAGUAACAAUGGCUCCUGCGGCCAUGCCUGUCCCUACAUCUGCCUUCGUCUCCCUCCGCUCCUGCUCCUCCUCGCUGCUCUUCCUCCUCGUCUUCCUCACUGUGCUGACUUCAUGCCCGGCUCCGGCCCUCGCAGAGUCUUCGGGGAACUGUACGGCCAGUGGAGACCCCUGUCAGGAAGGAGUGGUACUUCCUGUGUGGAACCCCCAGAACCCGUCAGUGGGAGACAAAGUGGCACGGGCAAUUGUUUACUUUGUGGCACUUAUUUACAUGUUCCUGGGCAUGAGCAUCAUAGCGGACCGGUUCAUGUCGUCCAUAGAGGUCAUAACAUCCCAAGAGAAGGAGAUCACAAUAAAAAAGCCAAACGGUGAAACCACAACGGCUACGGUCCGGAUCUGGAACGAAACCGUUUCUAAUCUCACGCUCAUGGCUUUGGGCUCAAGCGCUCCUGAGAUUCUGCUGUCAGUUAUUGAGGUGUGCGGUCACGGCUUUGAGGCCGGGUCUCUGGGUCCCAGCACCAUCGUGGGCAGCGCCGCCUUCAACAUGUUCGUGAUCAUCGCCCUCUGCGUGUACGUGGUUCCCGACGGAGAGACGAGGAAGAUCAAACACCUUCGGGUGUUCUUCGUCACGGCAGCAUGGAGCUUGUUCGCCUACAUCUGGCUCUACAUGAUUCUGAGCGUGAUUUCUCCUGGAGAGGUGGAGGUAUGGGAGGCUGUGCUCACCUUCCUCUGCUUUCCCCUCUGCGUCGUCCAAGCCUGGGUGGCUGACCGGCGCCUUCUCUUCUACAAGUACGUCCGCAAGCGUUACCGUGCCGACAAGCACCGCGGCAUCAUCAUUGAGACGGAGGGAGAUGGAGGGAUUGGCGGCAUGGACGGAGGAGGCGGAGGAGGAGCGUUGGGUCCGGGUGGAUUCACAAAGAUGGAUAUGCUGGAACUAGAUGGACAGAUCGCGCUGAACUGCCACAGCGGGAUGGACGGAGGGAUGAUGGACGGGGGAAAGGAUGAGGAUGAUGAGGCCAGGAGGGACAUGGCGAGGACGCUGAAGGAGCUGAAGCAGAGACACCCAGACAAGGACAUGGAGCAGCUGAUCGAGAUGGCUAAUUAUCAGGUUCUGAUGCAGCAGCAGAAGAGUCGAGCGUUUUAUCGCAUCCAGGCCACCAGGAUGAUGAUCGGAGCUGGAAACAUCCUGAAGAAGCACGCCGCCGACCAGGCUCGCAAGGUGGUGAGCAGCAACGAGACCCAGACUCAGGAGGACGACCCUCACACCAUCAGGAUGGAGUUUGAGCCGUCUUUGUACCAGUGCUUCGAAAACUGCGGCUCCCUGAAUCUGACUGUAGCCAGACAUGGAGGAGACCCUGGAGUCACUGUCAAAGUGGAUUAUCGCACAGAGGACGGUACGGCCAACGCGGGCUCAGAUUAUGAGUUUGCUGAAGGAACGCUGCUGUUUAAGCCUGGAGAGACCCUGAAAGAGAUUACUGUUGGCGUCAUCGACGAUGACAUCUUUGAGGAGGACGAGUAUUUCUACGUUCACCUCAGUAACCCCCGCGUGGUCGGCUGCCCCGAGAUCGGCGCCGCCCCGCUGGACGCCAGCGCCACCCCGAAAGCCGUGCUGGGAGAAAACCACACGGCCACAGUAACCAUCUACGAUGACGACCACGCAGGUAUCUUCACGUUCGAAGGUGCCAGUCAGAGGGUGAGUGAAAGCGUGGGCGUGAUGGAGGUGAAGGUUCUGCGGACUUCGGGGGCCCGGGGUCUGGUCGCCGUCCCCUAUCGGACCCUGGAUGGGACAGCUAAAGGAGGGGAGGACUAUGAAAUGGCUGCUGGAAAGCUGGAGUUUCAGAAUGAUGAAACCAUGAAGGUCAUUGAGGUGAAAAUUAUUGACGAUGAAGAGUAUGAGAAGAACAAAACCUUCACCAUUGAGCUUGGAGAGCCGGUUCUGCUGGAGAUAGGACAGAAACAUGGUGACUCCAACGAGAACAAACCGCUGGUGGGAGCGGAGGAGGAAGAAGUGGCCAAGAUGGGCUGCCCCAGUCUGGGUGAACACACACAAGUGGAGGUGAUCAUCGAGGAAUCCUACGAGUUUAAGAAAGCAGUAAAUACUCUUCUUACUGAUAAGAAUACAGUAGAUAAGUUGAUCAAGAAGACGAAUCUGGCCCUGGUGGUGGGAAGCAGCAGCUGGAGGGAGCAGUUUGUCAACGCCGUUACUGUAAGCGCAGGAGAUGAUGACGAGGAAGAGAGUGGCGAAGAGCGGCUACCCUCCUGCUUCGACUACAUCAUGCACUUCCUCACCGUGUUCUGGAAGGUUCUGUUUGCCUUUGUCCCACCCACGGAGUACUGGAAUGGCUGGGCCUGCUUCUUCGUCUCCAUUUCACUGAUCGGCGUCCUCACCGCCGUCACCGGGGAUCUGGCAUCGCACUUCGGCUGCACGAUAGGACUGAAGGACUCCGUGACAGCCGUGGUGUUCGUGGCUUUGGGGACAUCGGUACCCGAUACUUUUGCCAGUAAGGUUGCAGCCAUCCAGGACCAGUACGCCGACGCCUCCAUUGGCAACGUGACUGGCUCCAACGCCGUCAAUGUCUUCCUGGGUAUUGGUGUGGCGUGGACCAUUGCCGCCAUCGCCUGGCGCUCUAAGGGCAAGCCAUUCAGGGUGGACCCAGGAAACCUGGCCUUCUCCGUCACCCUCUUCACCAUCCUGGCUGUGGUGUGCGUGUUGAUGCUUCUCUACCGCCGGCGACCCACGGUGGCCGGAGGCGAGCUGGGCGGACCGCGGACUUGCAAGUUGCUAACGUCGCUGCUGUUCGUCUCUCUGUGGCUAAUUUACAUCCUGCUGGCUUCGAUGGAGGCCUACUGCCAUAUACAAGUGUUUUAGAAAGAGACCUAACUGGUGUGGAGGAGGUGGGAAACCUUAAGACUUUAUCUGAAAAUGGAUUUCAUGUCACUCAAUUAUGUUUUUUUCCCCUAAAUAAAAUGAGUGUACACCCUCAUGAGAACCAACAAUUCCCCCAACAAUGUUGAGACUAAUUAUUCUCAUCUUUGAAAGAAGCUCUUUGAACCAUAAAGGCCCUCCAGUGUAUCAAGGAAAACCUUGAAACAGUGUUAUCAUCAGAGGACUGCUGUUGUUUCACUAUAAAGCCAAACCAGCUGCAGAGAAGAUAAUCAGCUGAGCUCGGAAGAAAAAAGCAGAGCUGAGAGGAAGGACGAAGGUCAGCGAUAAAGCUGCAAAAGUCAACAACAAAGGCAGAGAGAAGAGCGCGUCUUGCAGCAGCCGAAUGACAAAUGAUGGAGAAAAAGGUUAGAGGAUUUAAACUGAGCUGCAGGAAACCUCGACAGCCUUUCCUCUGUCAUUACACCUCCAUGAAAAAGGAAUACCCAUUGAAAUUAUUUUUAUAUUUUCCCACAUUACAACCUCAAACUAACACUUUUUAUUUAGAUUAUAAAUAAAAACCCACUAAAGGUUAAGUUUUAUAUGGAAGUUAACUCACACUAGUACUCUAGUCACUGAUCAACUUCUGAAGGAAAUUGGACUGACAUUUAUUUAUUUACAAGGUAUUCGAGUAAAUGCGGUAAUGUGCAUAGCAAUCUUUUCAGAUUUUAGUGUGCAACAUAUUUUAAAUCCAUGUAUUCUUCUAGUUCAUCUUUUCUAUUAUUUUGUAAAAUCCCACUGACGUUUACAGUUGUAUUGCGACAAAUGUAAAAAAGUUCACAAAGUAUGAAUACUUUUGAAAGGCUGCGCUGUAGAGAAACAGUGGAUCAUCACCCUUGAACUGCACUUUGACUUCUAACUUUUAUCGCCUUUUUCCUCUCAAUACACUCAAAAUGACGGGGCCCUCAGGAGAUCCUGCACUAAAACUUGCCGGCGAGACGAUAAAUUAACCCUCUUCCUUCUCUUAUUUAAGGAUACACUGUGCAAAAAUAGUCUCAUUAUACAAACCUUCCUGUCCUGAUUGUCCCCCUGCCUGCCUUACGUUCCGCAUCCUCACCUUACGUGUCCAAAAAGAAAACUCGACGUUGUGACAAGUUGCCACCAUCAAACCCUGUUUUUAAACUCUUCCCAUGUCCCCUUUUCCUUAACCCAAAACACAUUUUCUACUCUUUUCAAUGGCGUCACGUGUUGAUGUUAUCGUGGAAUUGUAAAAACAACAACAACAAAUCUACAAAAACAGAGCGACAGAAGAAGAAACGCAGAGUGGAAUAAAAACCGAGCUGAUGAGGAUGUAAAAAAGUACUGAGCGCUACACAUUGUUACGUAAAAUGUUUACACUUUCAAAAACAACAAAUCGAACAAUAGCCAAUAGGGGACUUCCAUACACCUGAAGGACCAAUCAGAAUGAAGGAUCGCACUGACUGUGAUCAUGACGACAACUGUGAAGGAAACGGUGUAAAAAAAUCCAAACUACGACCAUAACCAGUGUUUCUAUUUGUACAUGAUAUUAUCAGAAACCUGUAUUGAUGUGUGUGGGACAUGACUGGUAUUUUAUUUAUGUGAAGCCUCCAUCUUUGUAGGAACAAGUUUGAGAAAGCUGAAGGGAAAAAUACAAGGCAGCUGAAGAAUCACGUGUCUGUUCUGCAUCACGGGGCGUUUCUUUGUACAAUACUAUAACAAAUUGUCAUAAAUCACUAACACAACCUUUUUAAGCUGUGCAGAUUUACUUUUUAAACUCCCCGAUGUGCUGGCAGCUGUGGUGAGUGCAACACUACAAUUAAAUGUGCAAAGUGAUCUGCUGUGUUUUUCUGGGUGAAUCUGUUUGAUUUAGCUUUUGUGAAAUUGUUUUAAGCCACGUUUCAUGUCAAAUUAACUGUUCCGACGUCCACGUCUGUCUGGAAAAAAAGUGCUGAAGCGCAGAUUUUAGAUCGUCUCUUGCCCAGAAGCGUGUCUGGAACUGGACAGAUGGGACGGCAUAUGGUUGGUCGACGAGGAUUAUUAAUAUAUUCAUUCCCUUUGUUAAACCACGUUACGGAAAGAAAAAAAAACGCAGAAAUCAAGCUUCUAUCCUCCCAACUGAGGAUCAUGCUGCCUCCAGACUUCAAUGAAAUAAACUUUGAACCCACCUAAAACAGGUUUGCAACGCUGAUGAGAACCAGCAAAACUUUGAAAAGACCAGCAAGAACAUUGUUCAGCAAGGAUAACUGCAUGUAUAACAACACAUUUCCUUUAAUUUAACCAUUUUUUAGCACCAAUGAAGGCAGAAACACAGCAAAUUAUUCCUAAGUUAAAUGUCAGAAUAGAGUAAGAGGAACUGCGUGACUUCAAGUUAAGGCAUAUAGUGGUUGUAAGAGAAGUUAGGCAUCAGCAGUGAAAAAUUCUCUGCCUCAUUUGGCUCAGACACGGAGGAAAAUGUUGCUGCUACAGUUAAUUGUCUGUAGAACAAAUCAUUUUCUUACCAGAUAAGAUACAUACUUCCUACAACCAGUGAAAUACUCCAGAAAACCUAACAUUUGUUUUGUUGGACAGUCUUUGUCAUCUUCUUUCAGAAACUAUAUUUUGAGUUGAUCAGGAAAACAAAAAAUAUUGUUUUUGUCUCAGAAACAGCAAGUACAAUUUCAGUUGACAGGAAUGUUAUUGCUUUCUAGAAACAUCGAUGGUAUCCUUCACUUCCAGUAAAUCCCAGUUCAAUCCAAGGUUGAACUGGGGAGGAUAUUUUUAGCAGAGUGAAAUAACCGAGUCACAAAAGAAAAAAGACAAGAUAUCCAAGUGUGAUCAGUGUAAAGAUUUUGCCCCCAGCAGUUGCAUUCAGGGCUUUAAGCCGACAUCAGGGUGUCCAACGUGUACCGUAGGGACCUUUGCUGUCCCAGGAUUAACUUUGUGAACUGCAAAUGAAGAAUUCAAAUUAUCCCCUUCUUCAUUUCUAAUUAAGUAAACGUUAUUACUGACAAAUUAAAAUGUUGCUACAAUUGAAAACAUUUGGUAAAAGUAUUCACCUUUUAAUAAUAACCACUCUCCUUAAUUUGAUAAUUGACAACACAUCUGUCCAUUAACGUUUACACUAGCAGACUAGAACCCAAAUCUGAUUUUGACUCAUUUGUUUAACUUGGCUGAAUUGAGCAAUGUUUUAAAAGAAAGUGACACAAAUCCUAUUCUUAUUGCUGAGAAUGCAUUUAAUCUUUUUCUAUUUUUCCCAAUUAAGCCCAAAAGAAUUUGCAACUUUGAUGCCUUUCUUCUAAUACGCCAAACAUGAAAACCCUUUUGAAAUCUAAGACCUGCAAUAAUAUACACAUCUGAUUAAUUUGUUUAAUUAAAAAUAUUGCAGACUUAAUUUAUUAUUGAGCACGUUAUAUAUAUUUUUUUGAGAUUCUAGGUUUAAGAAAUGGGUAUUUUUGGCUAUCAGAGUACUUUUGACCAGACAAUUUGGUCCAAAUGAUAACAAAUUUGACACCACUGUCCCAGGCCCGGUGGCAUGGGCGGGCAUUGGGGGACAUUGCCCACCCACAGAGUCAGCCUUGCCCCCCCUGGACUGGAAGCCGUUUGUUGUUAGAAUAGCCAACUUUCUGUUAUUCCUAUAUCAAUUUGAUACAGAAGCUUCCGCACUUCCCAUAUCUGUGUCCUCUGUCACUGUUUUCAGCAGUUAAAAUUGUUUAAUCUGUUGUUAACACGUCGUAACCUGUUUUUCCGAGCCGCCUUUAAGAGCAACAUUUUUUUAGAGCAACAUGAGCUCUAAGACGCUCGCGCUGGGUUUAUUACACCUGUGAGGCAGCGAAGGAGAUCUGCUGCUGCUGUACAGAGCUAAGCAGGACCUGCUAGAAUCAAAGCAGCAAACCAGCAAAACGCAAAGAACUUUGCACAGUUUUCCCCCAAACUAACCGACUGAGUUGAGUAAAGCUGUUGGAUGCAGGUAAUGUUAGCUAAAAGAUGACAAGCUAAUAACAAUACAGCACCUUUAGCUUGUUAACAAGCAGCCUAUAGACUGCUGAUGUUGUUGUCUACGUUCAGCUACGUAGAUUUAUUUUGCCCCCCCAAAAUAAGUUGAUGCCCUUCCUGUUAAACUCGUCUGGAGCUGGGGCUGCACUGUUCUCCACAGUCUAAUUCCUGUUUAUUUCUUUAUUUAUCAUGUCUUUAGUCUGCCAUAUGCAAGUAAAAAGGCUGCUAGCGACCCCCACACCACCAGGGGGCCCUCAAGAGCACCAAGCUAGCACUAUAAUGUAUGUAUAUUGAAAAUAACAUUGAAUUAUACAAACUAAAUGCUACUACACAUGGAAAACGAUUUCUAUAUUAUUUUUAUAACUGUUACACAAAUAACAGAUUGAUCUCUUCCUGGUGUUACCACAAUUGGGGAAAUAUAAGAUAUGAAACUUGUUUAGUGUGUUAUUUUCAAAGAGUUAAAAUGAUGUGGCACACUUAAAUACCACUCUGCAUUUCAAAAUCUAACCCUUUCAUUUUACUUUGUUACUCCUGUAAGGUUAAAAUCAAUAGCCUUAAUAACACCGGCACAAUGUAAGCUAGUUACAAAUGCUGCUAAUGCUAGCACAUGUAUUACAGAGUAACUUAGGAAGAAUAUAAUCACCUGGUGUUGACCAGCUUCAAAUAAAAAGGCCUUGGCCGGCCGGGUCUUCAGUUUUGUUUGUAGCACUGCUUGCUAGCUUGUUUGUGUUUUUAAAACAUGACUUGCUGAUUGGCUGCUAGGCCAGCAGUCUGGCCAGACUCUUUUUCUCAAUGACUUAAGCUUCUGUAACCGGUUAAAGAAAGAGCAGGCAGCAGGAUAAUAAUGCUGCUGACGCCACAGGGUAAACAAGCAGGCUGAAUUAGAGCCUGGCUCUUUAAAGGUUGGUAAUCUUCGCUGGAGGACAGCUGCAUGUUGGAAAGUGCAGAAAUGUAAUAUUUCUGUCCUUCUGCCUGUUGCUUAGCUACCAGCUAAACCGAGUCUCCGGGACUCUAGCUCCGUGUCGUCGUUCUCUUUCAUUAUCUGUGUUUUCUGUUCCUCUAUCAAACAUUACCGUGUCAUUUCUCAUUCUGUUAGUCUCUCUGUGAAGCACACGUGUGUGUUGGAGGUUUGUUGUCUGUGUGAGCUGGUGUUGUAAUCUCCUUACCAGGACUUGCCCUGUGUCUUUGGCAAACAUCCCAAACACGAGAUUAAUGAAUCCGAAUGCCAGCCUGACCCACAGGGGGAGGAAAAAAAAAAAAAAGGUUAUAAACUGGAUUAUCUGUACGUGUGUGUGUGUGUGUGUGUGUGUACCUGCCAAGUAAUAUUAGAUUUGUAAUAAAUCUGGCUGUCAUUCAAACGGAGAAUAGAUCUUGGCAGGAGGGUUUAAAGUGUCAGUUUUUAUUUUACACUGAAGUCGCCGUCUUUUCGUUCCCUGACCAGCUGACGGUGGCCUUCGUCGUGUUUACAUACGUUCAUAAAACACCAUAAAACACAGGUAGACCAUAUGCAGACAGAUAAAACAUCAAAUCGCCAAAGAAAAUGCUGAAAUUGUUUUAAAAAACUGAAAUAAUCAGAGAAACAGUUUACAAAAUUGAUUAAAUGUUUCAUUAAUAUGGUUCAAAGUUUUCUGUUAUUGUAAUGAGAUGCCAGAAAAAGUGCCGAGAAAAAGGAAUGGUAGCCCCUCCAUUUCCACAGGUUGCUGCACACUGCCGGUCAACCGGCUUAAUAAAGGCAACAACACUCUCCCUUUGCUCUGAAAACAGAAAAAUUCAGCUGUUUGGAAGUAUCUUGUAGAGCAAAAACACAAAUUAGUCGUUUUCUGGAAACUGAAGGAGCUUCAACCAUUACUCUUGUUAAAUUAGCACAAUUUUUAAAAGUUAAACAGCCAAUGGGAGACUGUGGUUCACUGGACUCAAAGUUUCAGAAAUGUCCCUUGUAACCCUUGUUGAUGACUCAAAUUAUUUCAUUUCACAUUAGUUCAUGAAUUGUUUUGGUUCUUGACAUCUUUUGACCUACUUCAUGUUAUGAGGUUUUGAAAUGUUGUAGACAUUUCAGACCUGGGUUUGGCCAGUAUCAUAGUGAAUUCAUGAUUUAACAACUGAAAUUGUGACUGAAGUUUCUUUUGAACAUAAGACUGGCUGUAUAUUCUGGGGGAUGUUUUGUAUUUACUCUGGUUAUCUUUGUCUCAUUCAAAUGUUGUUCAAAAAACGACUACUAAUUGUAGUAGUUUUUUUUUUCUAUUUUUGGCCAAGACUACCAGCAAAAAGAAUACAAAUUACAGAAAAUAGAUAUAAAUAAAUAUAGUUAUACAUUUGACUUUUCAUUUUUUGUGUAAAUAAUACUAAACCCUCAUAUUUUUUCAAACUAUUAUACCAUGACAAUUUCAUAUCAGCCUACAUCUAACUAGUUGGGUCUAUACGACUGUUCCAGGUGACCACAACUUUUUAAAUCUAUAACUUUUGUUCUGAAAAUUACUUGUCUUACUAAACUAAGUUAUAGCUUGUGUAAUUUUGAAUAAGAGUAUCAAUUACCUUUUUUUAAUAUUUACUCUUAUAUUUGCACUCUAAAAACAGCGAUGGCACCACUUCGUCUGUCUGAUAACACUUAGGCUGAACCCUUUUCCUUUUAACGUAGCUCUGUUCAACAAAAAAGUGAAUAUCAGAAGGAAAUGUUAUUCAUUUACAAUAAGCUUAAACCAAGAUUUUUGUAGAAAGAAACGAUAGCUCUCUACUUGUCCAGUGUACAUAUUUUGUAAUCCUUUGCUUCUUUUCUAGAAGGAAAAAAGGAAGUUAUCCAAAGGAGCAUCGUCUUUAAGUAUUCAUUGGCGGUUUCUUUGCGUAAAGCGGCCAUGUUGGAUUUAGAAACCAGAGUGGUUGACUUCUGGGGGCAAUAUAGUAAAUUUCUAACUGGGAAAUCUACAGUAUAUUCUGGCUUCACAGUGUAUUUGCAGUCCACCAUGUAUCUGAACGCCUAAUGAGCUCUGUGUUUGUGUGUCAUGAGAGGAAUGUUUUAAAUCAGGUUGGAGGUGAGAGGAUUGUGCUACAGAAUGUUCAUAUGGAAAAAUCUGGAUGGUUAAAUUAGGAAGCUGCUGUUAUGAUUACAUUGCCUUUUCCAGAGUUUGCAUAUUUCCAUUAAAAGACAUUUCCGGAAUACUAAGAAUCCAGAAGUGACCAAGCAAAGCAACAUUACAUUCUUAAUUAUACACAAAGAUAUAAAAAAUGUUUUAAUUGGGAAAUUUAUUUCUCUUUCAGGUUUUUUAGAUUUUUUUUUUUUUUUUGCUAUGUCUGUUUAAAUACUUAUUACUCUGAACUCUAUUAGACUGGUUGUUUACCAUAAAAAUACCUAAAAGUACCACCUCUUGAUGACGAACAUUGGAGUGACGUAUGUUGAAAAGAUGAAUUUUACAGGGAUAUUGGUUGGACAUCUAUUUAUUCUUUGUUGUAUUAGACACCUUUUCUAUAUUUAUGUUUUUUUUUUUAAAUCACCAUUAGUUUUCCUUUGUCAUAUUUCUUGAUCAUUAAAAUUCUAUUUAAGGCAACUCAAGUGAAUUCAUAUUUGAAUAUUUUAUAUCUAAAAGUUGUACAAGUGAUGCUGAACAAAUUCAAAGAAUUACUGUAAUUUUUGUGGUUUGAGAUUUCUAUCAACAUUUUUAUAUUUUAUUGGAUUAUUUUCUCCUUUAGCCACUCCUCCUUUCCAAGUAUUCAUAUUUUUGUCACUAUAUACUCAUGCAGUCAUGUUUAUGGACUCACAAAGUGCUUUAUCAGUUUUUGUUAUUUCAAUUUUUUUUCUUCUUGUUGUUCAUAUUAGGAUCCUAUUGUUUUAUUACAUUUAUUUUUGUUUUGUGUCGUUUCUGAUCGUUUUGCAAGAGAAAAGCCUCUCAGAGAGAAAAAUACCAACUUAGUUUAGUAAAAUAAUAUAAUAAAUGUGCUUUUAUCCUUUUGUUUUGGGUUUGUAUGAGUGUGGGUUCAUUCCUAUUUCUCCCUCCCUGGGUGUGUCGAUGCAUGAAUCACACUCAUUCUGACUACAGUGUUGAAGUUGGAGAUGUUGUAGUAAAGAGUAAGGUAUUUUUAAAUGCUGAAAAUGACUAGAUAUGAACAAUGAUAUAGAUGUUUACAAAGACCAAACUUUUCUUUCUUUUUUUUCUUAAAA